CCUCCGUGCAAGCCAAGUUAAGUGCUUACUUGCCCCAUCGUCUUCACCACCUCGCCUGCCUACCUACCUACCUAGUCACUCACUCGACUUCGAACCACGUCGACGUCUUUUUUUCUUCCCUCCCUCCUCUUACCUUACGUGAUUCUAAUCUCGUCUUCUCACUCUUUACCACCGUCCCCCUUUUCGCUCGCUUGCUCUUCCGAGCCUUCACCUUCUCGUCCAUAAUAUCUCGACCGUUUCCUUCCCGUCCUAUCACUAGGACGGACACCUUUGCUGGUUUUGUGCGCUGUAUGGGAAGUUCGUCCCGUCCCUCCCCUCCUCCUCCUCCAGACAAUCUCGUGUCCCAACCGGGUAUCACCUUCGAAGGUCUGCCUCCACGUCAUUGUCCUCCUCUUAAACUGUCGCCAUCACUCUCACUCACCACUGUUAAAUCUGGCCGAUGUAACCCUUUCCCUCCCCCCCAGCCGUCUCUCCAGAGCAGUUGCGUCUUCAUGCCGCCCCUGUCACGUAUUUCGACAUAGCUGCUCCUGUCAAUGCAGCUCGCUACCAUGAUCGCAUCUCCCAAUUCCCGCCGAUUCCGGGUCGCCGGCGUCAUUGCUGCCUUGGCCCUGGUCGCGCUCAUCCUACAUCUCCGCCUGCGGUGGCAGCCGGCGCCCUUUGAAUAUGCCCACGAAUACUAUCAGAGUGUCCGAAGCUAUUUUAAAGGUUCGGUAUACAACAAUACGUUGUACACAGACGGAAACGACAUGGUCGAUCCCUACUUCAACUCUUCCGCCCCGUGUGCCAAUUUCCCCAAUACCGACGGCGUGCUCCUGGUCAUGAAGACCGGCGCAACGGAGGCCUUCGAUCGGAUGCCCACCCACCUCCUCACCACCUUGAGCUGUCUCCCCGAUUUCCUCCUCUUCUCCGACAUGGAGCAGCAGAUUGGCCCGUACCACAUCUUCGAUGCUCUGGCCGAGUUUGAAGAAUCGGCCAAGGCCCAUAAUGACGACUUUGAUCUCUACCGCAACCAGAAGGAGUGCCCCGUGUCGCAGAAAUCUUGCAUCGACGCGAAAUCUGAAGGUCAUAAGGCCUGGAAUCUGGACAAGUACAAGUUCCUCCCCAUGAUGGAGCAGACUUGGCGGAUGCGCCCCAACCACGACUGGUACAUCUUUGCCGAGGCCGAUACCUACAUUUUCUGGGCCAACAUGAUCCACUGGCUGAAGAAGCAAUCUGGUUUCGACCCCCGAGAGAAGCUUUACCUGGGCAGCCGGAGCUUUAUCGGAGGUACUCCGUUUGCCCAUGGCGGCUCCGGAUAUAUUCUCAGCGGUACGCUGUUGCGUCAUCUGAUCGAAUAUCAUCCUGGCGUGGUCAAGCAGUACAACGUCAAGGGGAGCAACGAGUGCUGUGGCGACUUGAUGCUGGCCAUGGCCCUGGAAGAGUAUGAGAGCGUCAAGGUCCGGCAAGCCUGGCCCAUGAUCAACGGCGAGAAGCCCAGCACCCUGCCGUACGGACCGGGCCAUUGGUGCGAGCCGCUUCUUACUAUGCAUCACAUGAACUCGGAGGAAAUCAGCAGCGUUUGGCAGUUUGAGCAGACGAGAAAGGUCGAUCGCAUUCUCAUGAUCCGGGAUGUAUACGAAGGCCUCAUCCAACCGAAGAUGCAAGUGUCUCGGGCCAAUUGGGAUAACUUGUCGGACGAUGUCUGUUACAUCAACCCGGAUCCCGAAGCCCAGGACCGUGCCGAAGGCCACUUCCGCGACCGCCAGAAGAAGCAGGAGGACAUGAAUGACGUCGAGAAGGAGGCGUGGAAAUCGUGGGAGAACUGCGCCAAAGUGUGCGCGUCUCAAGACGAACCCGACGACAAGUCCUCGAACGAGAAGAAGCGGAGCCGAACCUGUUUCCAAUACCGCUGGCACGAAGAGGUGUGCUGUACGGCUAAGAGCUUCAAGCUUGGUGCUCCCAAGCCGGCUCCGGGCGAUAGCAGCUCGAAAGCCAAGUGGAUGAGCGGUUGGCAUCUGAAAGGCAUCAAUGAAUGGAUCGACGCUAUGGGCGAGUGCAAGGAACCCGCAUGGAAGAAGGCCGAACUGUGAUACCGUCUAAGGUGGGGAAAGCGUGCGGGAGCCGGAAAAAUAAUAAAGACCCGCUAGGGAGAGGGGAGGCGGGUUAAAAAACAUUGUUCGCGAUGUUAAUCACGAAUCCACGAAGGGUGUCACCGAAAAGGGAAGGGAAAAGGAAUGAAACAGGUGCAGUUUCGGGGGAUCUAGCAUUAGGGCCACUACGUACUUGAACAUAUAGUACGGCCGUACCAGGGGGGGUGAGGCUCUCUCAUGGCCACCUUGUUCACGAUGGGGAUACCAUAUCACGGCGUUCUAGGCACCUUGUCGUCAGGAGCGACGGACAUGUUUCGCGUCAUUGUAUACAGGAGGGAGAUAGGGACGAAGGUGAAAAAACCUUGAUAAGACUUGCGCAUCCUGCGCUUUUACUUUGACGCCGGCGCGUAGGAAGGAGAGGCGAGGCGAGGCGAGGCGAGGUGAGGUGUGAUGAAGGGGAAGAGAAGUAGUUACGAUAAGGUGUAGGCGGAGGAGUUGGGUUCAGUAUGCUUAGGCGGGGAGAGUUCGGGAGGCGGUUGAUGCUGCCAGAAUCCGGGAAGGUUAAGACUAUGCUUAGGGUUCCAGGGUAGAAGUUCAGGGGCAAGCCCAAAUACCCGCCUGUCCGAACAUCACACCCUACCCAAGUGACAUAGGUUUAAGUAGGGAAGCAGGUAGAGAGAUCGGCUCAUGGCCCUGUCAUCGAUAAGAUGUGCGGUAAAGGGAGGG